GCCUGGCGCUCCAGCGGGUUCUCCUGGAAAUGCAUCGAGCCGGUUCUCAAUUACCUGCAGCUGAAGGUCGACACCUUCAGGAGAGAGGUCGGCGAUGUUGCCCUGGCAGCAGCGUCGGCAAGUUGGCUGGCCAUUGAGCGGCUUGUGUGCCAGCUGCUUGAGCCUCCUAAUCCCAACGGUGCUCCUGACCGCCGACCAACGCGUUCCAUACAAGCUCGCUCGAUCAGCACUGAGGAGAAGAAAGAGGCCCUGUCCAACGCCAUGCAAGAACUGGAGGAGGCAACCAGUGAGGAGAUCCUGCAGUGGCUUGCCAGGAACGUUGGCCCAGCCUUUGCUGACCAAGUCAAGCGGGGCGGGCGCCUCAUCAAUCACUUAGAAGUCGUGGGAAAGCGUGGGGGUAGAAAAGUGUACAAGCUGCCUUCACAAGGCCUCAUGCCCGGGCUUCGCCGUGUUUCUGGAGGGUUCGCGGCCAAAAGAGAUGCACUUUGCGACGGACAAUGGCACGUGCUUACGGGUCCCACGCAAUCCUCUCAGCAAGAGGCAUCGGGAGACUAUGCCAAGAUGCUGCAGUGGGCCCAGCUUGGCAACGCUGAGCUGCUUGCUCAAGUAAGGGCAUGGCCAGGAGCAAGGGUAGCCCCAAGGGGCCCCAAGAAUUCGCGCAAACGUAAGGCUGCCGAGCAGGACCGGCAUGCUACAUGA